AAUUAAAGAGUUAUAAUCAAAGAUAUACUUUGUUGUGUUCAUUCAGGUAUGUCAAUUAAUUAUAAUCACAAAAGCACCAAUUUAGUAUCUAAUUGAUGAGGAAUGUAAUGCUUGAAGAAGAAAAAACUAAAACAGAUUAAUGAGCGGAAUUCAUUUUCAAAUAGAGUAAAAAUACCUCCCAGAACAUGUGGUCUUAAAUUAUUGUAGAUUGUAAGAGUGUGUGUGUGCUUGCUUUUGAGGUUAACGUUAUCUUUGCUUGUUAAAGAUCUAAAGCUGUUAGGUGUUAACAUCCUUGUGCAAGCAUCAAAGGCAAGGUGUUGGUAAAUUGAACAAAAGGUAAUAAUACUCCAAUCAGAUUGUGUCAGCCCAGAUGUCCAGCUUACAUAACAUCUUCACUCCAGCGAGCCUUUGAUCAGGGCAGCCAGGUAGAUUACCUGCACAGGUACACAAAGGUGUCUCUAUCAAUUGGUAAACACAGCACCUAAACAAGUUGGCUGUCCGCUGUAGUCUUCAUCAGAAAAGGUCGAGGAAUGAGGGCACGUUCCAAACGAUUAUUCUCCAGGGGAGCUGCUAUUGGGAAGAAAAUUCUGGGAUUCCACAAAGUUUUGGGAGAACUGUCAGUCAGCCUGGAGAAUAAAGGAGGGAACAUUCCACUGCGAGUGGAACUUCCUCCACAGAAGAUGGAUACAGAGAAUCCCAAGGUUCUGGAGUUGGAGCAGGGCCUGGAUAAACCACAGCUUAAUAUUGAGGAAUUUGAGUGUGGUGUGCAUUUUGAAGGACUUGAGAAGAACAAGCAGGAAUGGUCAUUUACUCUCUACGAUUUUGAUGGGCAUGGAAAAAUUACCAGAGAGGACCUGUCAAGUUUGCUGAAAGCUCUGCAUGAUGCUGUAGGAUCGUCAAUUAAGAUCCCUUCCAAUGGGACCAAGACCCUCAAACUGAGGCUUACAGUGGGACAAGACAACACGCAACUGCCCGAAAACAAGUCUCCCUCCAAGGGCAAAAGGGAGAAGGUCAAGGACAGUGAUAAGGUGAAGGUCAAGGACAGUGAUAAGGUGAAGGACGUUCCUAAAUCAAAAGAGUUUGCGAAACUCAACAAUAACCUGACAGCCACUCAUGUACAGUUGCCUGCCAAGCAGUGCAAUAGUGACUUACAAGAAAGGGUAAAAGGACAAUGUCAGAACUCCUGUCAGGUCAAAGGUCAUAACCCCUGCACGGCCCAGAGUCAGGAUUUUCUGUGUUCAGGAUCCAAGAGAAUUCAGCUGACCUCUCAGGAAAGGCAGCAGCUUGUGGAACUGGUUCAGGAAAACAUGGAGAGAAACCAUGUGAAACAGCUCAGACGACAUCAUAGUGACUGUCGAGGAACGACGACACAUGAGCACUCGCACCACAAACGACGCCACAGGGUUCACUGUACCAACGUGGUGACAUGCAACAAUCAAACCAGCACGGCAACACCCGCCAACAACAACCCCAACCCCAAUAAUCAGGAGGAACGGGCGAAAGAAUGCCAGGACAGGCGCAACUACUACCUCGACCUAGCCGGGAUUGAGCACAAUGCCAAACCUCAGUCCUCAGCACAGAACCUCAACAACAGCGUUGGACAAUCAGCACGAACCGCAGCGGACCACUUGCGGUCCAAGAGUCAGGAAACCAGCAAGAAAUGUGAUAACCUCCAGCGCGAGUCACAGAGAAUCAAACAACAGCAUUUGGACAGUGUCAAGACUGAGCAUUUAAGGUCAAGGUCAUUUGACCCCCAGGAGGUGGAGACCAAGUCACCAAAGGGACACCACAAGGGCUCCUCACCGCACAAGCACGGACGGUUUCGCCCAGUGAGUCUGCCAGUGCAUGUGCCUGAUUCAAUGUCCCAUUAUCACCGGCGUCAUCGCCACAGAGACAAAGAUCACGACCUUGCAAUGCAGCAGGUCGCGGAGUGGAUAGAGCGUGAACACGCGUGUGACGUGGUGGAUGGGGACAAAAUAGUGGUUCAAAAGCACGAACACCACCACUUCCACGAGCAUCACCACCAUCACCAUUAUCAUCAUUAUUAUGAGGCAUGAACAAGUCACUGGAAUCCAUUAGAGUAUUGUUAUGUUACUUUUAGAGUUUAAUUUAAAAUCUUAAUGAAUUUCUCUUUUCCCUUGCAUUUUCCUUGACAUGAUUUUUUCCCUUUUUUUUUUAACUGUAUGGCCUUGUGAUUUGUUAUGUUAUUUUUUUAUCUCCCUCCUCUUCUUCUAAUGCUCAGAGUCGGGAGAGAAAAUGCCUGGCCAGUGAAAUGUAUGUUCUUGAAAUGUUUUCAUGUGAUAAAUCAUGUCCUCUUAUUGUAUAUAAUUUUGUUUAAAAUACUCAGUCUCACAUCCAUGCCUGUACAUUCAUCAAUCUUUUUCCCUUGUAGGGAAAACUUAAUUUCUCUUUGCUUUAUGCUGGUUCAUAUGCUUACAUCAUGAAAUACCAGACUCAUUUUUUUUGUUGGCAUUCAAAAAAAUGGUUUUCAUUUCAUACAUUCAUAAAUUAUUUGAUCUGGUUUUUUUCCCCUGCAUAUUUAUGUGUAAAUAAAAUGUUAUUAUUAGUUCAUUUAGUAUUCAGUUCAACAAAAAUGGCAAAUAAUUUUGAAAUGUACAAAAACAUUUUUAGUUUUUUUUUUUUUCAUUUUCAAAUAAAAUGUCAAAUAUUAUAAACAAUCAGCUCUGUUUGCUAUAGGAAGUUCAAUAUAAAGGAGGGGUUAUUUUUUUUUUUUUUGGCCCGUUAUCUGUGAAACAUAUUGAGUGUCUCUGAAAGAUGAAUGGCUGAUAUCGAGUGUGUAUGUUUACGUAGAUCUGAUAUUUUUGAUUCUACUGUAUGGAGAUGGCUCCUUUUUUAUCGAGCUUUUUUUGUCUGGGAGAAGAUUAAAGAUGUACCAAAUGGGACUUGAUAUCUCGCAGUGAAUACCUGUUCCUUUUAUUUCAGCGAUAAAAAUACAUUUACCAGGCCAACUAAAUGUUACAUUUUUUUGGGUAGUUCUAAUAUUUCUUUCCAUUGAUGCUUUUGAUGAGAUGUAACUCGAUUUAUGAAUUUUGGAUCUAGAACAUUUUUAUGUAGAUAAAAAGAAAUGUUUUCCCUCGUAAUACAUCUAUAUAAAAGAUAAAAAUUAGAGCUGCAUGUGUUUGAUGGAAACCAUGCAAAGUAAGAGGCAAAAGCUGUCGGAAAUUUCUGAAAAUAACUGGUAUUUGGAAAUUCUGGCAUUUUUUGGGGGGGGGGGGGGGGUUGACAAAGUACAGAGAAUGAUGUAUACAUUUAUCUAUUACUGGUGGGCAUGACGUUUGAGUGACCGAGUGAAUGUGACCUUGAACUUGACCAGACAAUGAGAUUGACCUGUCCUUAACCUACCUCAGCCAAUGAUGUAACUCGCACACCUGUGCGUGGAAAUGUACAAAUAUGAUCCGUUAGUCAUAAUUGUAUACACAUAUAUUUUGUUCUUAUUUUUUUUUUUUCGUCUGCAAAGGGCAAUUUAUCUUAAAACAUAUUGUAUGAAUCUCAUUGGAAUAUCUCCUCACCCUUGAUUUUUGGUGCUGAUUAAUUUGAAAUUUCAGACUUUUAUUGCAGAAAAAAUGGACAAAAAUAUGGACAUGUAAC